AUGUUUCAAUGCAUGGUGCGCGCCGGUCUGGUGAACCGCUUGAGUGGCGAUGUUGACUGGUGUCAAUUCUGGCACCAGGCCCGCUCUGAGGAUUGGGGCGCGUCCCAUCCAGUACAAUCCUGGCCUGAGGAAAGCAGGCGAAAGGCUAUCGCAAUCUCCUUACAUGGUGAUGAGGGGACCGGUAAACGCUCGAAGAGCGUAAUGAUUCUGAGCUGGUCACCGCUAGCAGUCCACGAUGCUGCCAUGAUGUCGAAGUAUCCCUUUUGUGUCAUCAAAUCCGAUUUCUUCUUUUACAAGGAUGGGACUAACGUGACACUGGACAAGCUGCAAGAAAGCCUUGCGAUGAGCCUCAACAGAUGCAACUUGCCGGGCGAUGCUGCUACGGACGGUUGGUCUAUGCACUUGGUUGUGCACAAGGGCGACUGGAAGUUCCGUCGGGACUGGCUGCAUAUGGACCGGCGCUACAACAACGCAGACUUGAUCUGCCCACGGUGCUUGGCCUCUGCCAAACCGAAUUCUGACAGACCAUGGCUGGAUCCGUGCAGAGAGCGCUUCAACGCUGCGGCAGACAUCAGGGCAGCGGCCGAGACACGUAUCCUGGACAUAUGCUUUCAGUAA